CUCAAAGCUCACAAUUUUAAUGGAAAAUUGAAAAGUAAGGUUUACAAACCUCUUAAAAACCUCCCGCUAAAGUUGCCCUAAUUAUCCCCGACCUCCAAAUUCCUAAUUCAGACCAAAUAGCAAAACCCUAACCAGCAAUCAUUUGAUUGCCACAAUGGUUUGCAUUAGGAAAGCAACGGUGGAUGACCUGCUGGCGAUGCAGGAGUGCAAUCUCUUCUGCCUGCCGGAGAAUUACCAGAUGAAAUACUAUCUCUAUCACAUUCUCUCGUGGCCGCAGCUCCUCUACGUCGCCGAGGAUUACAACGGCAAGAUUGUCGGUUAUGUUCUGGCCAAGAUGGAGGAGGAGUCCACCGAGUGCCACGGCCACAUAACUUCGCUUGCCGUCCUCAGGACUCACCGCAAGCUCGGCCUCGCUACUAAGCUCAUGACUGCCGCUCAGAACGCCAUGGAACAGGUGUAUGGAUCUGAAUAUGUGUCGCUGCAUGUCAGGAAAAGCAACAGAGCUGCAUUUAACUUGUACACCGAGACUUUAGGGUACAAGAUUCAUGACGUGGAAGCGAAAUAUUACGCAGAUGGAGAGGAUGCAUAUGAUAUGAGGAAACACCUGAAGGGAAGGCAGCACUAUGGCCACCACCAUCAUCACCACGGCUGUUGUUCUGCCGACCUGAAAACAGAUGGAUCAGCUUAGGCCAAAGCCGAAUGACAAGAAUGGGUUAGAAUUGUCUUCUUGUGUUUAUUAGUCACUUUGCUCGCGUGUACUUACAAGAAAAUGCAUGUUCAACGUAUUUAGCCCUUAUUUUUACUUGAUUUGGAUACUUAUGUUAAGCAGUGAUAACACCAUGCCAUCUGGUCUUAAGAAAUGUUUCCACUGCAUCACAAAUCUUGAUUUUCUAAUUUUUAUUUAGUACCGUCACUACAAGUACAAUGUGUUGUUCAUACUGCCUUUUACUUUGUCUUUAUAGAUGUUGAUUUUCUGUUGAUACUACAUGGUUUUUUUGUGUUCGCCUCAGUUAUUAUAACGAAUUGUGUUCACACCCUCGACAGAUU